AUGAUCUGGCAGCAGCAUCAUGUGUUCUCUGGGAACACUAUAAGGGAAGAGUCCAUGGACUUGUUGAUGGCUGCUCUGCAGCUUGUGAUGAAGAAGUCAGGUGCUCAUGAUGGUCUUGCCAAGGGGUUCCGUGAAGCUGCAAAGGAAAUUGAGAAGCAUGAUGCCCAGAUAUGUGUGGUUGCUGAGGAUUGCGACCAGCCUGAUUUCGUGAAAUUUGUCAAGGCACUCUGUGCUGAUCACAAUGUUCACUUGAUCACUGUUCCUAGUGCCAAACCCCUUGGCGAGUGGGUUGGGCUCUGCAAGACAGACUCUGAGGGCAAGGCAAGGAAGGUGGUGGCCUGCUCAUGUGUCGUUGUGAAGGACUACGGCGAAGAAUCCGAGGGUCUUGACAUAGUGCAGGAUUACAUCAAGUCGCACUAG